GAUUGAAAAUGCAUCUGUUUUCAUAUAGGCUAUCUAUUUUCGCAUAUGCUUUCUAUAGAGGAUGUGAUGACAAACAGUUAUCUUUGUCUAUUUUUGAGUAGCCUAUGUGCGAUGAGUAUAUGACAGAUUGGAGGUUUGGAUAGGGAGACGUUCACAUUGUUUUGCUAUGGUUUAUGCGAGAGUAGAGGGUGUGAUAACUUCAAAUUAUGAGCCACCGCGCGCGUGUGUGACGCGCUGUACACUCCCUCCGCUGUCCUGCUGGAAUCUUCAGCACACACGGGAGAAGCGGGACAACACGGCGGUAAACGCCAAACAAUGGCCUGGAGACCGCAAUUGUAGAUAUGAACGGCGAUCCAGAUCCACUGAGUCCAGUCCUGUGCGCUCUGUUUUAGCAGUGAUGUGGGGAGGGCUUAUUACAGAGCGGCUCUAUUUCUACAGGAUCAGCAAAUACUCUCUGUAUAGGUAUGCGGUAUCAAGUGUUAGGGUUAUUUUUAUACUUCUGUCAGUUCUGCAUGUUUUCGUGAGGAAAGAAGUAUGUAUGACAGAGCAGAAUUGAUAUUGAAUAAUUUUGACCUGAAAGUCCUACACAUAGAUGCGUUUUGGAUAGGAGUUUGAUCACACGGGCAUCUCAACGGCAUACUGGGUUUUCAGCAUCUAAAACGAUGGCAGGAUGGUUGUUUCUGGAUGUGGCCUUCAAAUGUUUAUAUGAAAAGACACUCUGAGCCAAUGAAGAAUUUUCCACAAGAAAGGAACAAAAAAGCGUCCUGACUUUGUCCAAUUGGAUUGGUUUUGAAUGCUAAGUGCGUUGUGAUUUUUGUCUCUCCUUUACGUGUACAGUCCAUUUAUUUUAUUUCACCUCUCCUUUCUUCCAUUCACCCUGCUGCAAGGCCUGUCUCUCUGUUGUUCGGGAGGACGCGGUGGGUCUGACAUGUCUGCCAAAGCCCCCAUAUACCUUAAACGUCAAAGCCGCAAAGGAAAGAAGGAAAAGUUACGUGACCUGCUUUCGUCGGACAUGAUCAGCCCUCCGCUGGGAGACUUCAGACACACCAUCCACAUUGGCAGUGGCGGGGGCACAGACGAUCUUUUUGGUGACCUGUCGUUCCUACAAGGUAAAUUUCACCUGUUACCAGGCCAAGAAGGUCACCAGGGGUCAUUCCAACUAAGUCGCACAGCGAGUGUAAGCAGUCACCCCCCGGCCUGCGAGAGCUCGCCGCUUUUGAAAAAUGCCUUGUCACUUCCUAUCAUUGGAGGGGUGCAGGCGCUCACCCUUCCGGCCCCCUCAGCCACAGCUCCUCUGUCUUCAACAGUCACGGCGGCCACUCAAGUCCCAACAGCACUGUCAACGACCCAGUCACCCCCAACAUCUCCAUCUCUCGCUCCACCUCCCAAACCUCCCAGACUGCACCUGGAAGAGAGGAGCAUGUCACGGCAUAUGUCACUGCCUGCAUCUCCGAACUGCUCUCCACUUCAUUUGCACACAUACGAACAAAGUCCAGAUCCUGAGGAAAAUGAGAAGUGUGUGAAGGACGGAGAUGAGGAGGAAAAGCCGUAUCUGUCCAACGCUGGCUCUAUGCUUUCCCUCCAUCUAGACUUGGGGCCAUCGAUCCUAGAGGAUGUGCUUCAGAUCAUGGACAACCAGAGAACAGGGACAUUCAGUGGGGGACUUACACCCAGUGGACGACAAGAGAUAUAUACCUGAAAGUGAACAAGAGAUCCGAGUCAAAGCUUGAUGGUACAUAAAUGGACAUAAAUCAAUGGUUUUUCUUCAUAUAUUAAAACAGUUUGCCCUCUGAGAAAACUCAUUUACCUGUUGUACAGUUGCAUUUUCUUGGGAAUUUUGACGUUUUAUGCUCAUCAUACAUAUAAUCUUUGGAAAAGACCUUUGGAAGCUCUAGGUUUGGGGCCAAUUCAAACUGAAUGUUCUAUCGUUGGAUUUCUCUGGGUUCAAAUGGAAUUAAUUUCUCUUCAUUUUGGACUACAAGUAAUACACCAAUUCUGGCUACUCUUAGAUACAUUUUGAAACAUCUGAAAGCAUUUAAGCAAGCACAUGUAAAACUACCUGCAUUGUGUAUGUACUAUUACAGAGCAACACUAGAGGAAAAGAAAAACUGAAAUUUUUCUCUUUCAAAGCAGCAAUGACAUCAUCUCCCCCUCUGUGUUGUUGCAAUUUGUGUAAUCGGGUAAAAAUGUGCAGCUCCUCCCUAAUGAUCUGGACACACACACACAUGCCAGGAGGCCUCUGUAUCUACACCCUGGGAUUGUAACUUUCUCUUUUUGUUGGGAGUAGUUUUCAUUGUUCCGAAACAGAAAGCCAAAGGCUGUUUUUUCACGGAGCAGAAUAUGGAAUGUUUUCCUUUCAUAAAAUACCCUCUUUUUUUUUUUUUU